AUGAGGAUCCCUCUCAACCUCCUUCUCUCCCUCCUCCCCUUCACGACAGCCGCCCCCAAUGCCCCCGCCUCCAACCCCAACACCCGCGCCACCUGGCCCGACGGCCCCUUCACAACCUCCGGCCGCUAUAUCCUCAACGCCUCAAACCAAAACCUCACCUACGCCGGCACCAACUGGCCCGGCCACGCCGACGUGAUGAUCCCCGAAGGGCUGCAAUACCAAUCCAUCUCCUCCAUCGUCGACAAGGUCAAAUCCCUCGGCAUGAACGCCGUGCGUCUCACCUAUGCCAUCCAGAUGAUCGACGAGAUUUAUGAUAAUGGAGGGGUGGAUAUCUCGAUUGAGACGGCGUUUGUGCAGGCGCUGGGGCAGAGUGAAGGGGAGAGGGUGUUGGGGAUGGUGUUGGAACGGAAUCCGGAACUCACAAAAGAGACGACGAGGUUGGAGGUGUUUGAUAAGGUGGUGGAGGAGUUGGGAAGUCAGGAGGUGUAUGUGCAUUUGGAUAAUCAUAUUUCCAAGGGGAUGUGGUGUUGUUCGACGGAUGAUGGGAAUAGUUGGUGGGGGGAUCGGGAUUUUGAUACGGGACGGUGGGUUAGGGGGUUAGGGUACAUGGCUGAGCAUGGCAAAGCCUGGCCAGCGCUCGUCUCGAUGGGCCUGCGAAACGAGCCCCGUGAACCGCCAUCCAACCCGAGCAAGUCGACGUACAACUGGGCCAGUUGGCACGACUUCAUGCAACAAGGCGCCAACGCCGUGAACAGCGCCAACCCAGACGUGCUCAUCUUUCUAUCUGGCCUGAACUUCGACACCUUCCUCACCCCAGUAGUCCAAGGCACCGCCCUGACACCGGGCAGCAACACCUUCAAACCAGACGAGUUCGCCCCCGGGUUCGCGAAUAAACUCGUCUUGGAACUGCACAACUACGAAAACAGCGCUACCAGCUGCGACACCCUAAGCGGCAACCUCGACCGCAACGGGUUUGAAGCGCUAGACGAAGGAAAACAGGGCGUCGCGAACGUGAUGCCGGUGAUGAUGACCGAGUUUGGGUUUGAGAUGGACGAGAGCACGUGGCAGGGGGUGUAUGCGAGCUGUCUGACGGAAUACCUGCCGGCACGCAAGGCUGGGUGGACGAUUUGGGUCUUGGCGGGGAGUUAUUACAUUCGGUCGGGCACGUGGGAUUAUGAGGAGUCGUGGGGGCUGUUGAGUCAUGAUUGGAGUGGGUGGAGGAGUGAGGCGUAUGUGGAGGGGGCGCUGAAGGAGAUGGUGAGGAGGACUUUGAGUUAA